AUAUACAAGAAAGACGCCAAGUACACGCGCUACUUGGUUUCAUGGAAAAAGUAUCAUAUCGUACCACCAACAGGACUGAUAUCAAGUCAUCGUUAGAUUCUUACAUUAUUUCUAUGGUAGUUUUGGAAAAAACUGAAGCACAAAACUUUUAAAUGGAAAAAAAAACUUGGCACUGCUGAGUAAACGGUUUAUUGAAACCCAGCUUUUCCUUCCACGCGACGUCUCAAAGCGAUCCGAUCUGUUCGCCGGAGGCGAUAGUCACCUGCGCUUGCGCUUCCAUAAAUUUAAAUAUGAAUUAUACCUGUGUAUUUUUCUUACAUUCUUCUAUUAUUCAAUUCACUUAUGUCGCGAUAAGGGUUUAAUAUAACGUAUAACAAUACUCCUAUAUUUCGUGUAUCUAUAGUCUCAUUAAUUUUUCAUCGCGUAAUAAGAGAAAAUUGUUAACUGAUGGAAAUUGUUAAAUUACAUUCAUUCUUUAUUCAUCCACAUUAUCUUAACAGUGUAUAGAUAUAGAAAAAAUUGUAUAAAACUGAAGACAUUCAGUGCACUUAUCGGAAGAUCAGUCGUUUCAUUACCAAAGCUGCUCCAUUCGCGGCGCGAUAUGGUAUUUGCAGGCGAACGCUGUGUAAAGCUCCAUCGAAUUAUGCUUAUGAUUGUGGGGUUAUGGCCGUAUCAGAAACCAGUCAUUUGGCGAAUACAAUCAGUUUUCUUUUUGAGCGUAUACUGCUGCCAUGUAUUUUCUCAGUUUGCGUCGUUCUUAACGACGACUUGUAACAUGGAAUGCAUCCUAAAAAGAUUUUCUUAUAUUUCUAUUACUUUUGUUUUUAUUAUGAAUUACUACUCAUUCUACUUCAAUUCUGAAGCUGUAAAGCAAAUGUUGGAACAUAUACAAUUGGACUGGAAAAUGUAUGGUAAUAGUGACGCAAUGAAAAUAUUUGAAGAAUAUCUCUUUGAAUCUUAUAUUUUCACAUUAUUGACGUAUUUUUGUUUUUUACUAGCUGCAUCGGUUAUGGCGACUAUUGAAUGUAGAUCUAUCAUUCUUGAUAUUAUUAUACCGAUGAAUGAAUCGCGACCACGUAAAAUUGAAAUGGAUCUUGAAUUCUUUGUGAAUGAAGAACAAUAUUUGUUUUUGUAUUUAAUGCAGGAGGGAUUAGGAGUGGGAAUCGGAGCUUGGUCGGUGAUUACGACUGGGACGAUCCUAACUACAGUAGCGAAGCACUCAUGUGCAACAUAUAAAAUUGUUAGUUAUUUAAUCCAAAAUACAGUAACUAUCCAUACGCUACAGCUUCCUAUUGUUCAAAGAAUACAAUACAUGCAUCGGAAUAUCUGUCUUUCAGUUUACAUUCAUAGAAGAACAUUGGAGUUCUGCAAAAGCUUGUUACUUUCGUUUGAUAUAUGGUAUUUCCCAUUACUUUUAGUUGGCGUCGUGUCUUUAAGUUGCAUUCUAUUUCGCCUAUACAAUGCUAUAAUACAUUUCAACGACUUUUAUGAUAUUGUGCUGUCCUGUGCACUUUUGUUCUGUUAUUUGAUAUACAUGCUUAUGGCAAAUUUUCUUGGGCAAUCUUAUAGCGAACAUAGUAUAGAACUAUUAGAAUUUACAUAUGAUACUCUUUGGUAUGUAGCGCCACUACCGAUUCAGAAAUUGUUCUUGAUGAUGCAAACAUCUAUAAGAAGUCAUAAAGUAGUUAUGGGUGGUGUUUUUGUUAUGUCCAUAGAAGGAUUUUCUACGAUGAUGACUUCAGCUGUAUCAUAUUUUACAGUCAUGCACGCUAUGCGUGUAUGAAUAUGAAAUAGUAAUGUAAGAAUCAAUUUAUUAAUCGUAAAGAAAGCGGCGUCGUUAGUGUCUCCGCGGCGCUAGUAGUGUUACUUCUAGUUUAGCGGGACGAACGCGGGGUGGCGGGCGAUUAGAAUUUAAGAAAGAGAGUCUUGUGCACGUUGUAAAAGAAACGAGUUCCAAUAAAUAUAUUCGAUUAUGAACCUGU